CUGUUUUGUUGUUGGAUGGCAAGUGUCGAUGUGUUUCCAUUCUCCUUGAUUAGCGACAUAGGUGUUUAUUGUGUUUUACUUCUAUCCCCAAAACAAGACAAAUGAGCUGUGUAUUUGGUUCACUUUUUCCACUUGGCUGCAAUUUAGGGUUAAUUCUUAUUCAUCAGAUAUAAUAAUUCAGGACAGGAGAACCACAUCAAAUGCUGCCCAAUAUGUCUUCAACCAUAUUGUCCUCAGAUGGCCAGAAGACUCAACAACUAAACCAAGAACUACAGAAGUUGAACCAGGAACUAGACGAACUCGAUCAAAAGUUGAACCAAGAAAUUCUCCUUCUUCACUCAAAAAGUAAUAUUCAACUCCACAACACUAUUCCUAAUCUCUAUCAUAAUCAAAACCUCCAUAUCGAUUCUACUUCUGAUUCUGAUUCUGAUUCCAAGUCUGCCAAUACUUCUCAAGAUCACCCUCCAAAUAAUGCACUUGCAACUUUAUCAAAACAUAUGGCUCAAGAUCAAAAAAGAUUCCACUAUUUACAAUUUAAGCAAAUUCAACAAAACACUACUUCUAAUCGUACUACAGAUAAAAGUGACAUCCUUAUUUCGGAAAACAAACAUUUGCUCAAUCAUCACAAAAAUGAUUCAAUACUAAAACAGAACCAUUUAUUCCAAAAUACUUCAAAAAAGUCCAUAUUAAGUAAUAAUAAUAACUUGGGCAUUGGCAACAUAAGAAAUUCAGCUUUGACCGGUAGUAGAAUCUCAAAUCUAAUGAAACCAACUUUAUCCUCUUUAGCGAGAGUCAAAACCCCUGUUCACAAUAACAGCACUGCCAAUAUACCCAGCAGCAGGAAUAAUCAUGAAAAUGACAAUAACAAAAAUACAAUCAACAACACUAAUACCAAUAAUGUUACCUAUAAAGUCAAAGCUGUUGAAAUUGAAAUUCAAAAUCAAAAUCAAAAUAAUAAAAAAAACCAAAGACAGAAACAAUUAGAAAAAACCAAAGAGAAAAUAAAAGAGAAAAUAAAAGAGAAGAUAAAAGAUAAACACAUUAAUAAUCAUAUCAAAUCGUCUUCUGUUUUUAUUCCCUCUUUGCAAACAUCCACUGAAAAUUCCAUAAAUCUGAAAAAUGCCCUUGCUACUAAAAAUUUAAUUAAAAAACAUUCACCAUAUUUCGAUAAUAACAAAAAUAUAAAUCAAUUAGCGGACUCUGUUAACAAUAUCUCUUUAUCUUCAAAAUCCUCUAUAAUAUCUUCCAAUUCUUCAAUUUCAUCCAGAUCUACCAAAUCCUCAAGAUCUUCCUCAAUUUCUCAAAAAAAUCUCAUUAAAUCAAAACCAAUUUCCAAAAACUAUACAAACAAUAUAAUAAAAAGAAAAAACUCAAAUCAAAGAUUACCUUCAAUCAAGCUAAAUAAAAAUUUCAUUUCAAAUUCAAAUUCAAAUUUAAACUCCGAUUCAAAUUUAAACUUGAAUUUGGAUCCAAACCAAAAUUCAAACCAAAAUCAAAAUUCAAUUUCAAAUUCAAUCAAAAAAUCUUAUAAUCAACAAAGAAAUUUUUAUUCUUUCAAAUCUCCAUCAAAAUCAAAAUCAAUUUUAAAUCUAUCUUUAUCUCCAGAUUCAAAUUCAAAUUCAAAUUCAAAUUCAAGCUCAAAUAUAUCUACAAGUUUUGACUCAAGCUCAAACUCAAAGAUAUUGUAUAAUUAUAGCUCAAUAAAGGCAAUCAAAGCAUUGGAACAUCACAAAUCUGUCUCAAUUACAACUUCCAAGUCAUUGAAACAUAAUACGACUUUAAGCAAAAUAGAUUUAGAACACUCAAAUCCAAAUACUAACAAACAUAUUUUCACUCAAUCUACUUAUAAUAAAUUCAAUACCAACCAUAAAGAUUAUAACUCAAAUCCAAAUACUAACAAACAUAUUUUCACUCAAUCUACUUAUAAUAAAUUCAAUACCAACCAUAAAGAUUAUAACUCAAAUUCUGAUGCAAAUAAGAUUGUGAUACAAAAACAUAAAAGAGAAGUCAAAAAGCUUAGCGAAAAUAGUCAAAUUAAAGAACAAAAUAAAACCAUUGAAUUAAAAGAAAACAAAAGCGAAAGAGAAAGAGAAAUAUUUUCAAAGCAUGUUGAUAAUCCCAAAGAAAUCUCCAGGCUCAAAGAGCUUUUAUCUGCUUCAACAUCAAAUGCACCCACUGUUAGUCGCAAGCCUUCCACUUAUAAGCUUUCUCAAUCUACUUCAAAUAAUUAUAAAAGAAGUUCUACACAGAAAAUCGAUAUCGAAAAUAGAAAAAGCAAAAAUGGAUUUUAUUAUCAUCAAAAUCUUCAUAGCCGCAACAAUAAUACUAAUAUUCUUAAUAAUUCGAAUACCAAUAUCAAUCCUAAAAGUGCUAAGAAUACUAACAGUAUGAACAAUACCAACACCUUUAAUACAAAUACAAGCAAAACUUUCAAUAAAAGUAAUACUCAUUCAUCAUCAACAAAACCAAAAACUUCUGAUUAUUCCAAAAAUAGGCCUAAUCGUACCAAUACGAUAAAUGUAAAGCCUUCAACUUCAAAUGAUCUAAAUAAAAAAUCAACCAACUCUAAAAGAGAUAUUUCUUUGAAUAUUUUAUCAACUUCAAUUUCAUCAUCAGAUUUAAAUUCUUCGCUACUGUCAAAAUCCAAUGUUGGCUCUCCAAGAAAUCCAACUCGUACUAACAAACUAUCUUUGGAAAAAUCUAAUUUGAGACAUACUAAUAACGGUCACCAUUUGAGGAAUAAACUGUAUAUUAAUCAGUCUGUUCAAGACAAUAUCCAAUCAAAAAAAAAUGUUGCUAAAUUUUUGCAAUCUCCAAACAAAGCCUCUCCUAAAAAAGUUUCGUCUAGCACAAUUAACCCGAGUAGCCCUAAAUCCCCUUCAAAAAUCAAAUACAGUUUUCCUUCUUCAAAUCAGAAAAUUUCUUCAAUAUCUGAUUUAUAUGUUGCAUUAUCGGAAUUUAAAGAUACAGCUACAAUAAUAAAACAGUGGGAAAAGUCUACUCUAUAUAAUAAUCCGGAAGAACACUGGAAAAAUUUACCAAUAAGUCCACUAAAAUUAAUUUCUGAUGAAAAAUUAUCUGCAAAUUUAAACAUGUAUGAAAGAGAUGAAUGUAGUAGGAAAAAAGAAAUAUUUUUUAGCGGAUUAUCAAAUAUUCAGAAAAUUCAGGUUGAGUUGUCUAGCUACAAAAAAAAUUUUGGUUUUGACGAUGACCAACAAAAUUAUAAAGCAGUUAUUGGAGAUCAUAUUGAUUACAGAUACGAAAUUUUAGAUGUUUUAGGGAAGGGUGGGUUUGGUAGCGUUUUAAAGUGCAAAGAUCAUAAAUUGGGUAAAGUUGUUGCAAUAAAAAUUGUUAAAAAUGACACCCAAUGGUCUUUUCAAGCUGUUUAUGAGAUCAAGGUUUUAAAAAGCGUUUCCAAAUCUAAAAUAAGAAGAAGUUUGGCAACAAAUCCAAACUCGAGUUUUUCCAAUGAUGUUUCGUUUGACUAUAAAAGUCAUCUUUUGAAUUAUUUUGAGCAUUUUAAUUUUAGAAGUCAUAUGUGUAUAGUGACAGAACUAUUGUCGGUUACACUUUAUCAAGCAAUUGAAGCAUCCAAUUUCAAAGGGUUUUCUUUGCAAAUAAUAUCAAAAUUAUCAGUUCAGCUACUAAGUGCUAUAGAUUUCAUUCAUUCAUAUAAUAUUAUUCACUGUGAUCUAAAACCAGAAAAUUUGAUGUUGGUUAGUCCUAAUAAAUUUCAAGUUAAAAUUAUAGAUUUUGGGUCAGCAUGCUAUAAAAAUGAAAUCACAUACUCUUAUAUCCAGUCUCGUUUUUAUAGAGCUCCUGAAGUAUUACUUGGUGGAAGAUAUUCUACUCCUAUAGAUAUUUGGAGUUUGGGUUGUGUCUUUGCUGAAUUAUUUACAGGAAAACCAUUGUUUCCCGGUCGUGAUGAAUUAGAACAGUUUGCACUAACAGUUGAAUUAUUAGGUCCUCCAACUAGAAAAGCGAUUUUUCAACUUCGAGAAGAAAUUUCAAAAUAUGGGCAUAUUGACAAUAUUGAUAAGGAUAAAGGCAACAAUUAUACUCUAUUAGGAACAUUAUUUGAUUUGGAUGGUAAGAUGAAACAAGAAAUUUUAAACAGUUCCAAAUACUGCGAUAGAAAAAUAAAGCCAUCAUCAAAAUCUUUAUCUAUCGUGUUACAAACAAGAGGAAGAGAUGGAAAACUUUUUAUUGAAUUUUUAGAAAAAAUUUUGAUUUGGAAUCCACACAAAAGAGCAAUGGCUAAAGAUUUGUUGCAACACCGAUUUCUCAAAGAAGUAGGUAGAAAAUUAAAUGAUAAAGAUCAAAACAAAUCUUUUGAUGCAGACGAGUAUGAGUUUGGUGAUGACACCUUUUAAGCUUUUUUUCAUAUAAUGAUUUUUAGGUCUGGUUAAUUUGAAAUUAUGAAAAUUUUCUUUUUUCUCUUUUUAUUUAUUUAUUUAUUUAUUUGUUUGUUUAUUUAUUUAUCUGUACCACUUGUACUUUUAUUUCAUUAAUUUUAUAUUUUUCUUGGUUUUAAUUUUUAGGUUUUCCAAGUGAUUAUUCUAUAUUCCUUUUUAAUCUUCUUUAUUUAACUUCCAUAUUUUUUUUCCCAGUCUUAUAUACAUUUGCAUAUUUUUUUAUCAGCCCUCUUUUUACAUUUCAGUUUAGGAAUUAUGAAAAAUCUCUAUUUUAGCAUUUUUAGUUAUAUAUUGGUGAUGUUUUGAACACAAGUAUUGCUCAUCGCUCUGAAUUUA